AACCGUCCGCGCGAUGGUAGUGCGCCCGCGCAUAUCAAUAAAUAUCUAAGUUAAACAAUUCUAAAGCAAACACGCGGCUGAAACAACUAAAAUAUUAGUUUUUUAGUAAAAACAUAAGACAUAAAUACGCCAACAAUAUUUAACCAGCUGUAAUAUUUCGGGUUACACACAAGGACUUGAGCACACGGUUUUUCGUAUUAUUAGCCAAUGAAAUAGGACUUAUUAUACGAUUAAGAAAAUUCGGUUUCAAGUGAAGUGAAAGUCAAAAUAUUGAAGAUGGUGCUUUUAAAAUUUGUGUUUUGUUUCGGCUUGCUGCACAUGGUGUCUGCUAAAGGUUCAGAAUCCCAGGUGCAAUGUACUCCAGAAGUGAUGGCGGUUACCGUUCCCAUGGAUGGAGACAGGAAAAUGUCCUAUCUCGACAACCUUAAAGAUUACAAACCGUGCCUACCGAACAUUGAGAACAACGCUGCGACUUUUGUUCUCGAUUUACAAGACCAUCACAAGUGCGGAGUCACCAGGGUCAUCAAUCAAAUUACGGGCAAACGUACCUUCUACCAUAAGAUAAUGAUAGAACUGGGUGACGGCGGACGAGAAACGGUGACAGUUCGCUGUAUGAUCACCGGCAAUCCGCAUUUACUCACCAGGCGAGCCGUGGAGCCAUUCCCGCUAGAUUUCAACGAACCUGAUGUCCUAAACAUUACAAGAUAUGAAGAAGGACGUGCACCAGAACCAGUAUUGGGAGCAGUUGUAAAGCAAAAUGGCAAACAGGUUUCCGGCGAGAUAUCAGUCAGUCCGGGUACUCCGCUGUCAAUGGAGAUCUUCUUGGACAACUCUUCGGCACCAGUGUACGGCCUGCUUGUUAAUUACAUGCAAGUCACUGACACCGGCAAGCAGCAGGAGACCAUUGUCUUCAAUGGAUGUUCUGUGGACCCUUACUUAUUCGACAACUUCGUGACAACCGACGGCGACGUGCUCGCGGCCAAGUUUAAAGCUUUCAAGUUCCCGGACACCACUUACGUGCAAUUCCGAGGAACUGUCACUGUCUGUUUGGACAAAUGCCAAGGGGUUCAAUGCAGUAACGGCGCAAUAGGAUACGGCAGAAAGCGACGUUCAGUUGCCUCCAGCGCUGACUCCAAUAAAGUAUACGAAGUAUCAUUGACCACGUUCAUCAAAGUCGACUGGACUGACCCCAAUGCCGCCAAGGACUCUGAAUAUCUGUCGCUAUUAAAAAAUCUGAAGGUAGCUAAUCAGAAGCUAGGGGAUAUGGACGGUACUCCGGCCACGGUCGCCGAACACACACAGGACAAUAGGCUGGUGUUGCACUCAAUGGACCAGCCAAACGCCGCCAAUGUACUCACGCAGAGCUGCUUACUGCUUUUCAUUAGCUUACUAUUAGCGUAUUAUUAAUAUCACCUUCAUUAAUCAUUUACUUUAUAAAUAAAUGUAAAUUAAAAUUAAUCUAAUUGGGAGGUAUGCCUAUAGAAUUAACAUGUUCGCAAUUAGGUCGCUUUUAAAGUAAGAUACUAUAUUAAAGAGCGAGACCUAUUAUAGCAUUUGUUCCUAACUUUAGAACACCCUAAUGUAAUUCAAGGUCACAUGUUUGUUUACAUUUAUUUAUAAUUAAAUGAAGAUAUUAUAAUCUAUUUUGUAAAUCUUCUACCGAAUUUUAAAUGAGAAUAACAAAAUUAAACUUUUGACAUUUCGAGUAGUAUAUGAAAAUCA